UGCAAAAUAUUCUUAUUUUUUAUUUAUAAAAAAUAAAUAAAUUUAUCGUUUUUCAAUGAGUUGAAAAUUACGUUAGAAAGAAAACGGAUAUAAGAUAUUAUAGGAUGUUAUAUAUGCUAAUACCAUAUUAAUAACAUGAAAAAGGCGCGAAAGGACUUCUCAAUAAUGACCUUUACUAGAGAUUUGUACAAUUAAUCGUUACAAAGAGUUAUCCAUAAAAAAACAAAUUGUUUCAGACGUGACGUAAUACGCGGGUAUUUUUGCUGUCGAUGAGUUAUUUACUUCCUUGGCCGUCGGAUUUUUGUUACUCGUCAAUUGUUUGCGAAGCUGUUCAAAGAGCCGCCACAAUUAUACACGUGCGCGAAAGAACCUGCUUGAUUAUUCAUCUAUCAAGAAUAAAUUUGUAUAUUUGAAGUGUUUAAAAUCACUUUAAGAUAGUUUUAUACAAGAUAGUUUAUACAAUUAAUAAAGAUUCAUUAUAGCAUAUAUUAGAGCAAAAGUAUUAUCAAAAAGACAAAUUAAUUAUUGAAAAUGUGGUUAUUAACAAGUCCUACUGGAGAGCUCAUAUAUUUAAAGCCAGAUAUGCUUGUAUCAAUAGGUAGAAAGAAAGGUGAUAUUAUUCUAUCACAUGACACUUCGAUUAGUAAAUUUCAUGCUUCUAUUAUAGUUAACUCUCAAACAAAAUUUGUGGUGGGUCAACCUACCUCUACAUGCAUACUUAAAGACGAAGGAUCUAAAUACGGAACUUUCAUUUUAAGAAAUCAAAAGUUUAAAAAGGUGAUAACAGAUAUCAAUUUAAAAGAUCAAGAUUUAAUAAGAAUUGGCUUACAAGAAGAAAUAUUUAUUGUCUCGUAUAUACCUAUAAUUACAUCAACAUCUGGAUUGCCAGAUAGCGCAAAAGGUCAACUUCAUAAAAUUAUGGAUGAUAUUGAUGGUAUUAUCACAGAUAGUUGGGAAAAGUUUUGUACACAUUUAACAGUAUUAAAACCAAAAUUGACAGAGAAGGUAGCUGUAUCAUUAGCAGCUGGUAUACCAAUUGUUAGUAUAGAUUAUUGGAAAGCAGUAAAAUCUGCUACACAAAAGGGUGAACCACUUCCUAAAACUGAUAAUUAUAUAUCAGAGAUAAGUGAACAAUACAUUUCCAAAGGAAUAGUUUCUCUUUAUCCAAAUGAUAAACGCAAGACAUUAUUUACAAACUUAAUAUUUAUAUUUUUUGAUUUAAAGCAAUAUGAGAUUUAUGAAACAAUGAUCAGAUUAGCAGGUGGAAAGUCAAUAGUACUUAAUUUGAAAAAUAAACCGACUCUCAAAUUGCAACAUAACUUCAUUUAUGUACAAUUUUCUAGUAGCGAUGAAACUCAAUUAACAGAAGAUGUUAUGCAAGAGUAUGAUCAUAUAUGUAAAACAUUGAAAAGUUUAAAGCACAGAGUUAUACCAGAAUCUGAAAUAUCACUUGCUAUUUUAUAUUGUUCUAUUGAACGUUACUGUAAUAUAAAAUAUAAUUUUGCAAAUAUUCUCCAAAGACAAGAGAAGCUUAAUUAUGAUUUACCUGACACUCUUGUUAUUGAUACACAAGAUCAAGAACUUUUAACAAAAGAAAAUUCUGUAGGAGAAAAGAGAUCUUGUUAUAGAAGAGACAAAAAUUGUAUUGAGGAAUCAUUAAAAAUUGGUGAUCGUGUUAGUACACCAAGCAAUGUUGCUUCACAAAAGAUCUUGGAUAAUGAGAAAAAAUCAAUUACUUACAUAGAACCUACUACUUCUAAAAAUUCAUCUCUAGAGAUUAUUGAAUCUGAAGAAAGUGAUUCAAGUGAUAGUUCCAUCAUUGAAGUAAAAGUUGUAAAAAUUGUUAAACAUAAAUCAACAAAUAUGCAAGGUACAUCAAAAACAAAAGAAACACAAGAAACAAAAGUAAAAGAAAACUUAGCUACUAUUAAUUCAUCAAAUAUUAGAUGUUCACAAAAUAAUGAUAUUAAACAAAAUUCUAAUACAUCAAACAUAUCAAUACGUAAACGUCCACCUGGAAAAACAUUCCAAAAGGCACAUGUUAAAAUACCUGUUAAAAGAAUAAGACUUUAGAUCGUUACGAAGCAAAGUGGAACUAGCGAAGAUGGUGGAGUAUACUAUGGUUUUUUAGAUAAACGAAGACUUUAUAAUAAUUACAUUUAUGUAUAAAUCCAAAGAAAAU